AAAAAUGUUCUUCAAAAUAACUUCGUCGAAGAAAUAAGAGAACGAAGCCGGGUUGAUGGAAAGAGAGCGAGGAAACAUGAGUGGGAGCAAAGUAAACGCAGUGUUCUACGCCGAGUCCUACCAUCCGAUCCAAGCCGGAAGCAUAGACGGCACCGACAUUCUCCCCCACGACAACGCCGUUUACCGAGCCCAACUCUGCUCCUCCGCUGGCCUCUAUGAGCCCUUUGGAGAUCCCAAGGUCAUCGGAGACCCUUAUUGCACCGUCUUUGUUGGCCGCCUCUCUCAUUCCACCACAGAAGACACUCUCCGCAAGGCCAUGAGCAAGUAUGGGCGGGUGAGGAACUUGCGGUUGGUCAGGCACAUUGUAACUGGUGCCUCACGUGGUUAUGCUUUUGUUGAAUAUGAAACUGAGAGAGAGAUGCGGCGUGCAUACAAGGAUGCUCAUCAUUCUAUGAUUGAUGAUUGUGAAAUUAUGGUUGAUUACAAUAGACAACAGUUGAUGGCAGGAUGGAUUCCACGAAGGUUAGGAGGGGGUCUUGGUGGUAAGAAGGAAUCAGGACAACUUCGUUUUGGAGGACGGGAAAAACCAUUUCGAGCUCCUUUGCGACCAAUCCCGUUUGAUGAUUUGAAGAGGCUUGGAAUUCCGCCUCCACCAGAAGGAAGAUACAUGUCACGCUUUCAGGACCCAUCUCCCCCAAGAAGAGAAAGGAGUUCAGUGGACAGGGAAGAGAGCUCUCACAAGAGCUCUAGGGACGGGCGAGAACGCACUCACAAACGAAGUUCUGUGGACGGCAAAGAGCGGUAUCACAGCAGGAGCUCCAUGGACCCAGAGGAGCUCUCUCACAGAUGGAGCUCUGUGGAGAGGGAAGAAUAUCAUGGCAAGAGGACCUCCAUGGAACGAGAUGAUCGUUCUGCCAAUAUGAGCUCUACUGGGAGGGAAGAACGUCAUCACAAGAGGAGCUCUUCAGACAGGACUCGCAAAAGGAGCUCUAAGGAUGAAGACGGACACUCUCACAAGCGUCAUAAACAUUCUAGCCAUUCCCGUCGACAUGAGAGGGGGUCCUCUAGUCAUUAACUUUCGUCUGAUCACUGAGAGAGAGAGAGAGUGAGAGAGAGUCCAUAUGCAAAGGGGCCUCCUUUCUUGUGCACGCUUCCUUUUGUCCUUUAAAUGUAAAUCUUAAGCAUUCUAUUCUAGAGGAUGUAAAUUCCUUUUCAUAUAAAUAAGAGAUAUGUUAUAUGGUA